AGGGUUGCGGGUAGAGAUUUGAGCGAGGAGAGGGGCGGCUGGGAGCUGGAAAUCUUGGGGUCUGAUGGGCUAAGGUGGCAGCCAUGGGGGCUAGCAUGCCUGGGGCCUCUGGGGAGGGCGUGGGGGGUUGAAGGCUUGCAGCAGACUGAGCUGGAGAUCAGGCGCGCGGACUUUCCCCGGGAGCAUCCAAAAAGGACAUGUGCAAACUAGAGGGAAGCGGCUUUAUUGUGGCGCUGUUGCGGAGUGACGCGCUGAAGAGCAUUUGUAGGGUGCACAGCUGAUUUGUCGGGGGCAUUACAGGGGGGGCGGAAAAAGAGGUUGCCCAGAAGAGUUGCAGGGGCUGCAAUGCAGCGUCGGGGUCUCCUGUGAGGGUCCUGAGGCGGUGCAGCGUGAGAUGUAAUGGGGCGAGGGCUUGCAUUGUUUUAGGGGGUGCCGUUUUGCUUUGGGGUGGAAGAGGUCCCGGGCUGGUCAGUCGGUGAGAAGGGUUAGGCGGCCGGAUGUGUUGGAUGAUCCCAAUUUCGGGAGGCUGACCGCUUCUGAUUAUUUCGCGGAUUGGAUUCACUGUUGCAACAUGAUUUUUUUAUAGGGCAUGUUCUUAUGAAUUGGAUUGAGGGGGGGGCGGGAUUCUGGGGUUUUGUAAUCCCGCUGAAGGCAUUCGUUUAAUUUUGGGGGUCUGUGCGCCUUGUCAUUUAGGAAACAUUAGGGGGUGUGGGAUUGCCCCUCCAAUCUUCCCUAAAAUAUAUAUACCGCCCCCAUCCCAUUGUGAAAGUGCUGGUUUCUCAUGGUACUGAGGGGUGGCAUCAUAUCACCUUGCUCAGGAUUUCCCGGUUAACUAAAUGAGUGUGUGUGAAGCUAAUUCGCCAGAUGCCCACCUUAACGUUGUAGGGAAUUUCCAAGGCCCGAGGAAGCUGUACUUAUUCCCUAGCGUACAAAGCUGUACUUAUUCCCUAGCGGAUAUUCCACGGAGUGAUUUUUAUUGUAUUUGUAUAUUGAUGGUUGCUUGGCAGAAUUUGACUUUUGAGUACCUCUUUAGAUUUUAAUGAAGUAGUUCACUGACGGAAAGCCGUGCUAUAUAUUGGAGAUGGAAGGGAGUUUAGGGGCUACAUAAAUCUGCCUGACACCCCAUUCAUCUCCGUAAUUUUAUUUCAGACUGCUGACGUUUUAUUUGUGUUCCUGAGAGGUUUCUUUCAAGUUUGGAAACAUACUGUCAUUAUUGGGGAGGGAGCUGUUCUGAUGACUUCAGGAAUUAUAUAGCACCAAGGAAAUACUUUAUUCUGUGGUGGGGCGGAUUAUUGGAACAGCUGAGUGAAGUUGAGGAAAUCGGUGGCUGCUAAAUGGAAGUUGCCCUCCAGAUAUUCAACAGGCAGGUUUUCUAGCUCACAAAAACUGCGUCUAAAUACGGAGGCAGCUGUUACCAGUUCUGUUAAGAAUAAUAGUGUGGAAAGGGGUGGUGGGUCUUCCCCCACCCGAUGCUCCUCCAAGCCAUGUCAGCUUUCGGCGAUGCCCACGAGUGGUAUAUGGGAGCUCUGAGCCGGCAGGAAGCAGCUGCAUAUCUGCAGGGACACCGCCACGGAACCUUCUUGGUGCGGGACAGCACCACGUGCCCCGGAGACUACGUCCUCUCCGUCAGCGAGAACUCUAAGGUCUCUCAUUACAUCAUAAACAGCCUUCCUGGGCGUCUGCGGAUUGGAGAGCAUGAAUUUGACGGCUUCCCUGCCCUGCUCGAUUUCUACCGCCUCCACUACCUGGACACUACCACCCUGGUAGCCCCCGUGGGUCGGAUUGUGGCCCCUGCGUCCGCUCAGCCCCCUCCUGCGGGCGAGUGGGUGCGCGCCCUGUACGAUUUUGUCGGCCGCGAUCAGGAGGACCUCCCGUUCUCCAAAGGGGAGCUGCUGAGGGUGCUGGCCAAGCCCGAAGAGCAGUGGUGGACGGCACAGCGUGCGGACGGGCGUGUCGGUAUGAUUCCUGUGCCGUACGUCCAACCCUGCCCGUACGCACACCCCAGCAGCCACGGAGCCCCUCGCCACGCCCCGGUAAUCGCAAGAGCCGUGCAACGAAGGGUGCCGGGGGCCAACGACAAGACGGCCCUAGCCUUUGAGGUGGGUGACCUCAUUGCUGUCACCAAGAUGAAUGUCAACGGCCAAUGGGAGGGGGAGCUGAACGGGCGCCGUGGGCACUUCCCGUUCACCCACGUCAAAGUCCUCGACCCCGAGGAAAGCAGCUGAGCAUUUGGUGUAACCCUCGAACUUUUUUUUAUUUCCCCCCGAGGAGGUCACAAGUCCUGAACUCUGACCCCGCCUCUGAGCUUCUGGCCAUCUUCAAACCCAUACUUCCUGACACACAAGUCUUGAAUUUUGACCUUCCCUGGUGGAUGUCUCUCGGAUACUGACAGCUAUUACCGCCUCAAACUCCUUGUCUUAUAAAAGAUGGCUCCUGGACUCACUCGCUGUUCUUAAAUGCUGUGGUAAUUGACUUUCCGAACAUUGAACUUUGUAUGGAUUCCAUCAUAGUUGUUUCGCUAGGAACUCUGACCCUUCGGCCUUGUGAUUUGAAACCCGGUUAUGUGCCCUUGAAUCUCGCAGUUCAAAACCCCCGUGACCCGCCCCCAUAAGCUCUGAGCCCUUACUGCUGACCCUUUGGGCCUUUCGUUAUUGACCCCACCUUUGUGUAAUUUUUUUUUUUUUUUGCCGUCAAUGUUGACUUUGCUCGGUGGGGCAGAGAGUGCUUGGCUUCGGUGGAGAACGGGAAUCCCACCCCAUUUGUUUGUUCCAAACCGCCUUGUCAAUUAAAAGUUUCCUGCUAAGCUA